UAGAAACGGGAUUCAGGACGAACGACGACGACGACGACGGCGAACAAGGACGAAGAAGAAGGGCUGCAAAGCAGUGAGCGCGAGAGAGCAAGGCAAGGCUAGGCAAGGCAAAUCGAGGCUAGGUAAGGCAAAUCAAGGCCAAGCAAGGCCAAGCAGAGCAAGGUAAGGCAAAGCAAGCAAAGCAAAGGCCAGCAGCAGCAUAGUGAAGGAGGAGGAGCGAAACUCUGAAGUGAGGGAGGGGAGGGGGAGGGAGCCACAGUUAGGGCUCAGGAUGGCCACGGCGUUGGCGGCCACCAUGGACAACGGCUCGCUGGUGCUGGAUUCUGCAUUCUUGGCCAACGGAGGGGUCGAUGACAUGGCCGAGACUUUACAGAACGGAGGUGGUGGUGUCUCUGAUGAUGCCGGUGUUGUGGCGGACGAGGGCGGAGGUGACAAGGGCCAUGUCGCCGAGGAGAAGAAAGCCAAAGAGGCUGAGCGGAGACGCAGGAGACGGAGCAAGAAAAAGAAAGGAGGCAAGAAGGAAUCAGCACCGACGGCGGAUCGUUCCGAGGACGGCGAGAAUGCUGAUGAGCAGCCAGAAGACAAAGUGGUGGUGGAAUACGUAUCGGACAAGCCUGCCCUCGAAGAUGCAGAUGGCAACAUAGAUCCCGCUAUCCAAGAUUUUCUAAGGGUUUUUGAAAAAUUUGCAAUACCAGAAGAGAUGUUCCUCGAAACAACGAAGAACACCGAGCCAGAGGCUGUUCAAGCGGAUGAACCAAAAAAGAAAGGGAGUGAUUCAGAUGAAUCAGACGAGGAUGACGAGAAGGAUAAAGAUAAGGGUUUAUCAAACAAAAAGAAGAAGCUGCAACGAAGGAUGAAGAUUGCAGAACUCAAGCAACAAUGCAUGAAGCCUGAUGUUGUCGAGGUUUGGGAUGCAACAGCAGCAGAUCCACGCCUUCUUGUGUUUCUGAAAGGGUAUCGCAACACAGUUCCAGUUCCAAGACAUUGGUGUCAGAAGCGAAAGUUUCUACAGGGGAAGCGUGGUAUAGAGAAGCAGCCCUUUCAGCUUCCCGAUUUUAUUGCAGCAACUGGUAUUGAAAAAAUAAGACAGGCUUAUAUUGAAAAGGAAGACAGCAAGAAGCUUAAGCAAAAGCAGAGGGAAAAGAUGCAGCCAAAGAUGGGGAAGAUGGACAUAGAUUAUCAGGUGCUUCAUGAUGCCUUCUUCAAGUAUCAAACGAAACCCAAACUCACUCAUCAUGGCGAUCUUUAUCACGAGGGAAAAGAAUUCGAGGUCAAAUUAAGGGAGAUGAAACCUGGCCAGCUAUCCCAGGAACUUAAGGAAGCUCUUGGCAUGCCAGAUGGUGCGCCUCCCCCUUGGCUUAUCAACAUGCAGAGAUAUGGGCCUCCUCCAUCUUAUCCCCACCUUAAGAUUCCUGGAUUGAAUGCACCAAUACCAGAGGGUGCUUCUUUUGGCUAUCAUGCAGGAGGCUGGGGCAAGCCCCCUGUUGAUGAGUAUGGGCGACCCUUGUAUGGAGAUGUAUUUGGUGUUCAGCACGUGGAGCUUGAUACCUUUGAGGAUGAACCAGUCGACCGUACGAAACAUUGGGGUGACCUUGAGGAGGAAGAGGAGGAGGAAGAAGAGGACGAAGAGGACGAAGAUGCCGAGCUUGGGGAAGACGAAAUGGCCGAUGGUGUGUCUUCCGUUGACACUAUUUCAACUACACCAACUGGUGUGGAGACGCCAGACGUUAUUGACCUUCGGAAGGCUCAAAGAAAAGAACCUGAGAAGCAGCUAUACCAGGUUCUGGAGGAGAAAGAGGAGCGUGCUCAAGGAGGAACUAUUUUGGGAACUAGUCAUACAUACGUAUUGCCAUCUGGUGACAAGGCAGCAGCUAAAAAGGGUAUCGAUCUACUGAAGAGCCAAAGAACAGAUAAAGUUGAUAUCACUCUCCGACCUGAGGAGUUGGAAGGUCUUGAUGAUGUAGCCCUCGCAGCCAAGUAUGAGGAGGCUAGUCAUGAAGCCACAAUGGCCCAAGGAAGGGAAGAUUUCAGUGAUUUGGUUGCUGAGGUGGAGAAGAAGCGGAAACGCAAGGCACAAGAGAAGGAUGGUAAAGUUAAGAAGCAGAAGGAUUUCAAGUUCUAGACCUGCAAGGACAUCAAGGAUUUUCUCAAUUUUGAUUUUGGCGGACUUUCAUUAGGCUCUUGGAGAGCACUACCUAGAUUCUGGACUUUCCCAAUAGUUCCGUCAUACUUGAGUUUGAGUCAUCCAAAGGCUUGAGAGACCCUUUGUAAACCACAGCUUUUUCCUCUUGAAUAUGAAGAGGGUGAGCUCAAAUGAUUUACAUUGGAAUGAAGAUACAGACAGACAAGGUGAUCCAUUUUGAGUUGCAAUCGUAUGCUGGCUGUGAAUUCUGCUCUCUGAAGGAUAUAGUACCUAUUGUAUACGGAUUCCCUUAAAAAUUUAUUAAAGCUCAUUGUUUUUCUUUCCCAAA